AUGACAAUCUUCUUUCAUAAAAUCCUAGAUGCUGAAACUGAGAGACAAUAUAAUACCUUUCAAAGUUAUUCAACCAAUAAAAUCUAACAUUAAUAAAAAUUACUAAUACUUACUUUAUUAUGUGUCUUUAUUAUUUAAAAAGGUAUUGAUUAAAGUUGGGUUUCGUUAGCUUUCAACAUAUUUGGAUUUAUCUUUAUUAUUAUCUCCUAUAAAUACGUGAAAAAAACAUCUAUUUAUUAUAAAUACCUACACUUGUUUGUUGCUUUGAUAUUUAACUUUUUUUAUCCAUUUAAUCGUUACAUGGAUAUAUCCCCAAACCAAGAUACUUAUCUAGAUGGAUACUUUAUUUGUCUAGGAACACUUUCGUAAGAUAUCAGUUAAACUUAGAAUCCUUAAUUCUGUUGAAAUUUAAGCCAAAUACAUUAUAAUGAUACCAACUCUAGCGUUUAAUUUAUAUGUCGGUCCCUAUGAGAAUUAUACCUUUUGGUCAUAAUGUUUAAAGUUUGCUAUCAUGAUUUUUAUGGAUAUUCAAUUCGGUAUUCAACAAGAAAUCUUUAAAAGAAAAUAAUUUUUUAAAUUAAACAUCAAUAAAAUAUUACAAAAUUAUUUUAAUUCUUAAGAUAUGUUUGAUAUCUUUAAGGUUAAAUUUGAUGAAGAUAUUAAAUCUAUUAAAUUAUCAUCUUUAUUAGAAAAACAAAAAUUUGACGAAUUUCAAUAAUUAGACUUUAAACAAAGAAUACGAAAGAUAUGUAUUUAGCCUAAAAAACAAAAUAAUUAAUUAAAUAAAAAAUAAUAAUAAUAUAAAAAUUAAAAUACCUAAAUUAAUUUAGAAACAUUUUUACUAUACUUCCUAAAAGAUAUAAAACCUAAAAAAGAUUUUUAAUUUUUUGAGCAUUUAAAUAGAAAUUCUUCUCAAGUAGAACUAGAAGAAUUUUUAAUAAAUAAUCUUGGAUAGAAUGAUAUCUCUACAUCAAACUCUAAAUAAAUAGUUAUUUAUAAAAUUCAUCACUAUAAAACUCCUUAAGCUUUAAUUAUUAUUAAACAACAUCAGUUUUCUACAACAAUGAAAAAAUUAACAAUUAAGUUAGAAAAUUAUAAACUCAUAAUAAAAUAUUUUAUUUCUAUCCUUAAUUCUUCUUAUAAAAAAGGUUUAUCAAAUUUGUAUGAUUUCAAUCAAAUAUCCGAAUUUAAUAUAAAUUUCUAGUAAGAAAGUUUAUUCAGAGAACAUCUUACAUAAUUAAACAAGGCUUGGAAUUCAUUUAGAAAUAUGAUAGAUUUUAUACAAUUACCUUGUGACAUAAAUCCACUGACAACUUUUAAUAUAUACCACUUGCUUGAAUAAGUAAUAAAAUCAGUCUCAUAUUUGAACCAUGAUAAUAUUGCAGAAAUAGAAAUUAUCAAUAAAUUGAACAGUUCAUUUGUUGUAUCUAACAAAACAAAAAUGAAGUAACUUUUCUUAAACUUGUUUUACCAUAUUUUAGGUUUAAAUUUUGGGAGGACUUAUAUCUGUUUGGAAGAGGAUUAAAAUGAUAAUGUUAUAAAAGUAAAAUUUAGGUAUUAAAGUAAUAUACUUUCGAAUAAAGAGUCGCAACAUUUUCCAAUUAUAAAUCCUUAGUCUUUUUCAGAUUUAAAACAUAACUCAAAAGGAAUAUCUAACCUAGAAAUACCAAUAAGUAUUUGGUUAGUUAGACUAUUGGGACCUAAAGAUAAAAUAAUAAUAAGAAAAAGGAAAUAAUUUUAUGAAUUAGAAUUUGAUUUAUACAAAAUUUUAACUUCAGAUAUGAGUUUACAAUAACACUAUAAUUUAAGAGCAGAAAAUUAAAUAAUAAUGUGUUCGGAAAUUUAACCAUUAUUCACAAAUUGUGUUUCAAUACAACCAUGCUUAUCUUGA